AUGAAACUUGCAGUGAAAACAAUUCUGGUUUCGGCCACUAUUGUUUCUAGCAGGAGUUUAGACUACGAGGAUUUACUUGAUAUCACUGCUUUUGGAUACUUGGAGAAAGUUGGCAUCCCGCGCCCAGAAAGUAUUCGUCAAGCCGAAAAAGCUGAAUUAGCUGGUGGUUUUAGAAUCGUUGGAGGAUCUGCGUCUAACCUCGGCCAGUUCCCAUACCAAGUUAGUCUCGUCAUUCAUUUACCUGCACAUAAAGCUGUUUGCGGUGACUCUCUACUCAAUAACCGGCGACUCUUAACUGCCACUCACUGCUGGUGGGACGGUAUUAACCAGGCAUCGAGAUUUUUGGUUGUUCUUGGAUCUAACCGUUUGUUCAGCGGUGGAGUCAGACUCGAAACCAGGGACAUCGUAAUGCACGGAAGCUGGAAUCCCAAUCUUGUUAGGAAUGACAUUGCCAUGAUCAGACUGCCCAGCAACGUUGGCUUCAAUAACAACAUCAACGUCAUCGCUCUGCCGUCUGGAUCACAGCUGAAUCUGAACUUCGCUGGAGAGAGAUCCAUCGCUUCUGGUUCCGGUCGUACUAGGGAUGAUGUUAACAUCGACGGAAGCCUCAACCACGUCACUCUAGAUGUGAUCACUAACAACGUGUGCUCAAGAACGUUCCGUCUUAUCCAAUCAUCCAAUAUCUGCACCAGCGACGCCAAUGGCCGCAGCACACGCCAUGGCGCCUCUGGCGGUCCUCUUGCUGCCACCAGGAACAACAGGCCACUCUUGAUUGGUGUGACAUCUUUCGGUUAUCGUGAUGGUUGCCAAAGAGGCCACCCUGCCGCCUUUACCAGAGUCACAUACUACGACGCGUGGAUUAGGAGAAACCUUUAA